AUGCGUCACUCCUUACUAUACCUUGCGGCGGCUGCCUUGCCAGUCAGCCAGGCCGGCCUGGUGGCAUCGCGGCAGGCUUACGAAGUUGACCCCAACACAAGCAAGUACUGCUCCUGGUACCACGACAUGUCCACAGGUGAAACCUGCGACUUCAUCCUGACUUCUUUCGCCAUCUCUCUCGAGGCUUUCCUCCGCUGGAACCCAUCCGUUAAUGCCGGCUGCACCAAUCUGCUCCAGCAGCACUCGUACUGUGUCGAGGCUGCCGACGAGCCUGCCCCUCCGACGCCUUCCAAGCCUCCUGGAGCCACAGUCACCACACCACCUUCGACCACGACGCAGCCGCCGGCCCCAACAACAACUGGCAAUGGGGUUGCAACGCCACUUCCCACCAUGCCAGGCAUGACGAACAACUGCCGACGCUUUUACUUGACCCAGAAGGGCGAUACUUGUGCCGCAAUCGUUGCUGCUGCGGGAAUCAACGGGCCAAUCUUCUACGCCUGGAACCCUGCCGUCAACAGUGACUGCACUGGACUUUGGAGUGAUACCUGGGUCUGUAUCGGGGACACUGUUGGCCCGUCCAUCACGCUCCAGCCCCCGGCUUCCACAACGACAACGUCUGCUGGUAAUGGAGUCGUCACCCCCCAGCCGGUCCAGUCCGGCAUCACGAGCAACUGCCGCCGCUUCUACUUUGUCCAGAGCGGCGACACCUGCGACGCCAUUAUUAAAGCUGCUGGGAUCUACGGGCCAAAAUUCCACAUAUGGAACCCUGCUGUCCAAGAGAACUGCUCGGGCCUCUGGUCCAAGUAUUAUGUCUGUAUUGGUAACACGAUUGGCCCAUCAAUCACCAUCAACCCCCCAGCGGCCACAACCACGACUUCAGCUGGCAACGGUGUGGCUACACCUCAGCCGGUACAGUCAGGUAUGACGACUAACUGCCGCCGCUUCUAUCUCGUCCGGAAUGGCGAUACCUGUAAUGCUAUCAUUGCCGCUGCUGGGAUCUAUGGUCCUAACUUUUAUAUCUGGAACCCGGCUAUUGGUUCGGCCUGCACAAACCUUUGGUCGAGCUACUAUGUUUGCAUUGGCAACACUGUUGGCCCCUCCAUCACCAUCAACCCUCCCCAGCCGACCACGACCAGGCCCGCGGGCAACGGCGUCGCGACGCCGACCCCUAUCCAGACCGGCAUGGUGACCAACUGCAAGUUGUUCUAUCAGGUGCGCUCGGGCGACACGUGCGCGACCAUUGCCGCGAGCAAGGGCAUCACGGUCGCCAACUUCGUCAAGUGGAACCCCGCUGUCGGGUCGGGCUGUACAGGCAUGUGGGCGAACACCUGGGCUUGCGUAGGCUUGAUCUGA